UAAAUUAAUUAGCCUCCAACCUUCAAUCAUUCGCCCGCCUGCUGUUGAAAAUGGAUAUGUAGAAUCCCCAGUAUAUCAAAGACAACAAAUACAAUAUCCUUAUUAUUACCAAAAUUACCAACCAUAUGAAUACCCAAAUUAUGGAUAUUGUGGAAAUAAUCAACAAUAUUAUUAUCAAACUCCAAGUUAUUAUUACCCAUAUUAUGGUACCUCAUACUAUCAACAACCCUCAUGGAGAGGGGGCAAUAUGCCCGGCAACUUAUUCAACCUUGGACUUGGUGGAGGCUUUAAUAUAGGCC